AUGUCUUUUCAGGAACAUGCUUUUGAGUCAAGUCAAAAGUACAAAGAGGGAAAGUUCAUCAUUGAACUUGCCCAUAUGGUGAAGGAUAAUCAAUGGGAAGACGGACUGCUUCUUCAGAUUGGUGUCUCCGUUGUUGAACCGGUCAAACCAUCGUUGAGCAGUCAUUGGAGUGGCGACAUUCAAUUCGAGUUGAGCAGAAGUGCGGCGAUUAGCCUUGGCAAGUGGAUGACCGAAUUGGAAGCAAAAGAACAGCGAACGGAAAAGAUAAUCUCGAUUGAAGCUCAUGUGAUGUUCAAUGUUGUUCUUAUGCUAGUUGAAUGUCGAGUUUCUCCAGAAACUCCAUUUUCGGGCGGUUUAAAUGACUGUGAGACCGUUUUAGAACACUUCGUGAAAAUUCCUAAGGAUGAACAGGGUAUGGAUCCAGAGAAGACAGUAGAGCAUACUGCAGAUCCUGAGCCCGUAACGUAUCAUUAUAUGUUUUCUCCUGGUAUCAACAUAGACCGUUACGUCAAUCUCGUGAAAUACGUCAUUGUCAAGGGCCGUGUUGCUCAUCGUUUGCGUGACAAAGUGGGAUAG